AUGGCUGUGAUUGACUGGUGGCAUCACAGCAACACAACACAGAAUACCAUGAAUAUGCGAUGUGAUCCUCUCUUGAUCCCUGUGGGGAAGUUCUGCCUCGUCUCCUCUCUGCCGCCUCCUCAGGUGGGGGCCAGAGGUCAGAGGUCAGAGGAUAAAAUCCAGAGGACCUUGAACGCAGCCUCUCCUGAGCUCCUAGCGAGACGAGACGCAAACAAAUCUUACAGGGAGGCGAGAAGGCCGCAGAUCUCGGAUGCAGAGUGGGAGGACAUGUUGGAGGGUUUUGACGAGCGGAGCUACUUGAGCGCUCGGCGCUGGAAGCCCGGUGACGACCCCUACACCCUGUACGCCUUCAACCAGAGGGAGAGUGAACGCAUCCCCAGCAACCGAGCCCUGAGAGACACACGACACUACAGGUGCACCACUCUUCAUUAUGACUCUGAUCUUCCUCCAACCUCCAUCAUCAUCACCUUCCACAAUGAGGCCAGAUCCACCCUGCUGCGUACCAUCAGGAGCGUUUUGAACAGAACUCCAGUUCAUCUCAUCCAUGAGAUCAUUCUGGUGGACGACUUCAGUGAAGACGAAAGUGACUGCCAGCUUCUCACCAAACUGCCCAAAGUCAAAUGUAUUCGCAACAACAAGAGAGAAGGACUGAUCAGGUCCAGAGUGCGGGGCGCCGAUGCUGCAAGGGCAGGGGUCCUCACCUUCCUCGACAGCCACUGUGAGGUCAACAAGGACUGGCUGCCCCCCCUGCUGCAGAGGAUCAAACAGGACCCAACCCGUGUGGUCAGCCCGGUCAUAGACAUCAUCAACAUGGACACUUUUGCAUAUGUGGCGGCCUCUGCUGAUCUCCGUGGAGGUUUUGAUUGGAGUCUCCAUUUUAAGUGGGAGCAGCUGUCACCUGAACAGAGAGCUCGCCGGACCGACCCGACCCAGCCAAUCAAGACUCCCAUCAUUGCAGGCGGCCUCUUUGUGAUUGAUAGGUCCUGGUUCAAUCACCUUGGCAAAUACGACACUGCCAUGGACAUCUGGGGCGGGGAGAACUUUGAGAUCUCGUUCCGGGUGUGGCAGUGUGGCGGCAGUCUGGAGAUCCUGCCCUGCAGCAGAGUUGGUCACGUCUUCAGGAAGAAACAUCCAUACAUCUUCCCUGAGGGUAACGCCAACACAUACAUCAAGAACACACGUCGCACAGCUGAGGUGUGGAUGGACGACUUCCGUCUCUUUUACUACUCUGCUCGCCCUGCAGCACGAGGGAAAUCCUACGGAGAUAUCCAAGGCAGAGUGGACCUCCGCAAGAAGCUCAAGUGCAAAUCCUUUAAGUGGUACUUGGACAAUGUCUACCCAGAGCUCAAGGUCCCAGAUGACUCUGACUCUCAGUCCGGGGUGAUCAGACAGCGGCAAAACUGUCUGGAGUCUCGCAGGGUGGAGGGCCAGGAGCUGCCCAUCCUCACACUGGGUCCCUGCAUAGGAACAGAGGGGGUCCCCGCCAUCAACCAGGAGUGGGUGUACACUCACGGGCAGCAGAUCCGACAGCAGCAGACAUGUUUCUCUGUACCACCACCUUUCACUGCCUCCCAGUCCUGCUUGUGGCCCUGCAACAUGGCCGAUGGCAAGCAGCGAUGGCAGAAGUCGGGGACUCACUUGGAGCACCUCGUCUCUCGGUUCUGUCUGGACUCGGAGAUGGCUCUGGACGGGAUGGACUCCUCUCGAAUGCUGGUCAUCAGCCCCUGUGAACUGAGUGCGUACACACAGAGAUGGGAAGUCCCCUUCUCCUGACCCCAAACCCUGUGACCUUUCACCUCCCAAAAAACCUGCCCUGUCAUCCAACUACAGCCUCAAAGACCUGGGCAGAGACAGCUGCUCUGACAGAGUGAAGAUGCAUGAGCACAUCAUGUCAAGGAGCUGCGUUGAGAGCAGCUGAAUGGAAAGUUUAUAAAGACUUUUAGAUGUCUCUCCGCUGUUUUUCAUGAGAAGAAAUCAAGUGUGGGUUCGUCGGGUUUGUGAGACACAUCAGAAAUGUCUGGUUUGUUUGGUCUGGAGAUUAAAGUGUGUAUGUCUGAGGCUGUUGAGACGUUUGGGGAAGAGUUUGAACCAAGUGCACCUUAAAACCCUGAAAGAUUUGAGUCUUGUAAUCUUUUGCAGUGAACCUGUCUGUUUUUGAGGAUGUUUAAGGAUUUGGAAAUUAAAACCAAGCACAAUUUAAGUUUUUUGUUUACUUGGUCAAACAACUGUGUCUGUCUUUCCUGUAGUAGAAGCAUCCAGUUAAGAUUGUUCAAUGACAAAUCCAUUCUUGUUGGGACCCAAUCAGGAACUCAUCAGAGUAAAGCCUCUGAACCGACAUGUUGGUUUUGUCUUUUUUGAACUGAAGCACAAACCAAAUCUGUUUCAUCUCUUGUUGCUCUAAAUUCCAAGAUUCUUUACUUGAUAAACAGCAUGCAAUCCCAAUGUACUCAUGUUUUUCGAACCCAGCCGAUCAACUUUUGACCUGAUUCAACAAGCAGGAUUAUCAACGUAGCUGGCACUGAGUAAAACCCCAAAGAAGAAAAACUUUUCUAACUUAACCCCCAGAUUGCUUUUUACUAAAAGAAAGUAAAAAAGUUGACAGAACAAAAAGAUCUGUAAUGGGUAAGUCCUCACUCUUUACUGUUUGAGAUAGUUUCUACCUUCUACUGUUCUGAAGUGUGCAAAUUAAGUAGUUGGGACAUCCUGCUGGCUGUAGGCCGUUUAUAUGGCCAUUGAAACCCCUAAAACCUUUGCAUAGCGCAGCUUUCUCUGACAAGUCAGCAGAAUUGAUUGCAGCAUGGAUGAGAAGUUAAGACACGAGGGCAGGAGGGCAAAAGCAAGGAGGGAACACAAACGCAGAACAGAGCAGAACAAACUAGCAGGCCCUGGCUGAGCUACCAGUGGAACAACAGACGUCAAAACAGUACAAACACAAGCUAUGGAGGAAAUUGAAACAGAGGGAAUUAGCAUAAACACAGACAGAAAAAGGGCUACAGGUGUACAGAGACAUACAGGCACAAUGGGAAGUAACAGAGAACAGCAUGUAUGCAGCACACUUCAUACUGUCUGCUAUUGUGUGGGUCGAUCAGCAGGUUUGUGUUGCUUCAAGGAUGCAGCUGCUGCGGCUGCUUCACAUUGCACGUCCACCCCCCCUCCUCUGUGAAGUGCUGCUGUGCAUGUGAGAGUUUUGGUUGUUUUCUUUUCUCGCAUUAAGUCGAUCAAACUGGGGGGCUGGGGAAGCAUUUUUGCCUUUUCGCGCUUUCAUGACGCUCGUUAGCAUCAUUCAUGUUUCUUGUGCAAGUUUGGAGAAUUUACAAAAGUGACCACGGUGCUUUGCUUUUUCAGAAUAACUAAAAGUAGCCAGACAUUUAGUUGACAGGACAUGUGGUUGUUGUUUGACGGAGGAACUGCAGCUGUUGUUGAGAUCACCUGUGACCCUGCAGUCAUGUGACUGUGGUUUCAUUUCAAAUUCCAACAGAGUCAAAACACAACUCAAGUUAAGUACAGUCCUACAAAUGUUGAAGUAAUCGUGUCUGAAUUUCCCUCACAAUCAUUCUGCAAGAAGGUUUUUUGAAAUGGUUUUGGGAAUAAAUUCACCACAAAUUGUGUUUCCAUUUCCUGUGUUUGACAUCAUCGACUGCAUCGUUUUGAUAUCCUGUUUGACUCCAGAAUAAAGGUUUUAUAACGGC